AUGGAUGACGAGAAACGAACGAUACCUCAAUUGGAAACCGAGGACGCAUUUAUAAAAACGAUCAACUCGGAAGGCGUGCACGUGGUGGAGUUCGUCGCCGGGUGGUGUCGGAAAUGUAAAACGUUGAACGGGAAAAUGGAAUAUUUCGCGGUCGAACACCCGGAGGUUACGUUUGAUAAAAUCGAUGUGAACAUGGUGCCUCAAGAUUUCAUCAAAUCGCAAAACGUGACGAAGAUGCCGACGGUGAAGAUUUUCGUGAGCGGGAAGAGCGUGUACGAGAAAGUAGGGUUUGAAACCGUGCGAGAGAUUCUGGACGAGUUGAGUUUUCGUUUGAAACAGUUGGAGGAGGAAAACGCGUCGAAGCCGGCGGCGUCAAAGUAG